GUAUAAAGGACCGAAGUAAAUGUGGACACCUGACUUGUCCCCGCUCUCUGAAGGAUCAUAGCACCACAAGUCAGCACCGGUAAUCCAGUCAUGUCUUCGAACUCUGUUACCGAAAAGGAGGGCCCAAGGGACAACUACUACGUCCAGACUGUCAACAUGGACACCCCCACACCACCUGCACCGCAGAUGCAGCCCUUCCAGAGAACAUACGGUAACCCCGCACCUUUGGGCAUGCUGGCCUACGGUACUGUCUUCCUGUGCUCGUCGAUCCUAACUCUCGCCGCCAAGGACCUUAAUCACUCCGCCAGCUUGGUCUUGGUUUUCGCCACCUUUUACGGUGGCAUCUCACAAACACUGGUGGGCAUGUGGGAGAUGUUCCUUGGUAACACAUUUAGCGCAACGGUCUUUACUACCUAUGGAGGUUUCAACUUAUCAUAUGGCGCUCUCUACCUGCCUCAAAUUGGCCUUGCGGCUGCAUACACCGUUGACGGGGUUGUCGGACAGGAGUUCUACAAUGCAAUUGGGAUCUACCUUGCCAUCUGGGACUUGAUCACCUUCCUUUUCCUCCUUGGUGCAAUCCGCACAACUGCCCCAAUUGUCGCAACGCUCGGGUUCACUGUCUGCGCGCUCACUUGUCUUUCCGCAAAUGCUUUCACCGGCAUCCCGGCAUUGGCAACCGCAGGUGGUGCCCUGGGUAUCAUCGCUUCCUUCGGUGCAUACUACGGCGCCCUCUCACUCUUCUGGACACAACAGACCACCUUCUCAUUCAUUCGCCUCCCUCCUCUCAUUACAGCCCCUUCCAACGUUUAAGUGUUGAGCUAUUGAUCCUCAACAGAUCGCUAUGUCUCAUCUUC